AUGAUUAGCGUUUGUCAUUUCAGAAUGUCUCUGCGAAUGGCACAUGCAUUUAUAGGAUUAGGACUGAAAUCCAAUGCGUUAACAAAAGCACCAGUAAGAGUACUUUCGCUCCGCUCUCCAUUAUGCUCAAGAAACGCAUCUAGUUAUCUGGCAAGUAACUUUAACUCAAAUAUCUCAAAAUUACAAGGAAGGAUGAACAUUUCGGUACUAGAAAGUGGAAGAAUAUCUUUAAAGCAUGAAAGGAACUACUCAACCAAAACUGCACCUCCUCCCCCUCCUCCACCACCUCCACCUCCUUCCAAUAAGAAUGCUAAAGGUCAAUUGAUUCUUCUGAGGAUUACGAGAGCAUUUACAUUCUCUUUUUCAACUCUACUUGUCAUCGGAGCGCUCGGGAUCUCUGCUCUAGUUUUAUAUUUGGUGUUUAGCGAGUUAUUCUUACCAUCAGGUGAUACCAGAGCAUUUAAUAAGGUAGUCAAGCUAGUUGAGGAUAAUGAAAAAGUUCAAUCGGCCCUAGGAAUGAAAAAGGGCGAAAGGUUAAAAGCAUAUGGCGAAGUUCCUGCUGACAAGUGGGUACGUAAUAGACCAAUACAAAGCAUUAGAACAAAAGGUCAGGAUGGAAAAGAUCACCACGUCAUGAAAUUUCAUGUUGAGUCAGAUAUAGGACAACACGGUACGGUAACUUCAGAACAAAUAGAUAAUUCAUUUUGGAGUUCGGAAUAUGCUUAUAUUGCAUUAGAUGUGGUUGGACAUAAGAGAAUUUACAUACUUGAACCAAAGUUUCAGCCAAAGGAUUAUGUUCCUAAGUUUAAUGGCAAUAGUGGCUUUUUGGGUCUUAAGUGGGGACCAAAAAAGGAUGAUUGA